AUGCCGCCUACAACGGCGGUGGCCGAACGCUUACUAUAUGACUACUCAUUUGGUGACUUGCGCUCGGAAAGUUCACCUGCGCCAACAGAUAAACGUAAUACCUCCACGGAAACUCCACCGGAAGAGGGAGCCAGUGCCAUUGAGAAACUUAGCGCUGAAGAUCGUGAACGCAUGUUGAAAAUAUUGAACUUGAUAAAAGAAGAGAAAAUGAAUACGCCCGAAGGUUAUAAUCCAGAUCCUUUAGCUCGUUUGUGUGAGACAUGCCGUGUAGCUUCCAUUUCGCGUUUACAUUGGCGAUGCAACACUUGUUAUAUAUACUUAAAUCAAUGCUGCGAUUGCAUUGUGAGUCAGUUGUUGUCACAAAAUUUUGAGCAUCUGCCACACGAUGUAGUUACGGAGACUGAUUCGUGA